GAAGCGUGGGCUGUGUGUUGGGAGCUCGCCUGGAGCGGGAGCAUCUGUCCUGGCACGGCCUCCGGUGCUGGGGACCCCGCUGAGCCACGGCGCCUGCUGGUGGGCUCUGCGCCGGAGCCGGCAGCGAGGCAGUUAACGGAGCUUGUCAUCUCCCUCUUAGGGCUUCGCUCCCGAGCUGCAGCUUGAGUCAGUUGUGUGGAGGUGGCAGCGGCGGCAGCUCCGGCUGGCACACCGGCUCCGGCUGGCACACCGACCCCAGACCCCUGCAAAGACCAAGGCACCGGCACCCAGGGUUCUGUGGAGCCCCUGGGACUGGAACCAGCCCCCCACUUCAAACAGGGUCCCCUCCACACACCAGAGCAUCCCACCAACGCACCAGGGACCUGCCAGACCCCACAGGCCUGGCACCGUGGGGCAGCGUGCCCCGGGCAUGACGGGUGCCUGCACAGCUCCCUGACAGCAGCAAAGGCAGCAGCCGCCCCAUUGCCCCCCACAUGCCCUUCUCCCACGGAGCCGCCUGCCCCCCAUCUCGCCUGGCCCCCCAGCGCCCCAUGGGCACCAUGGGUGAGGGGCACGAGCCGUCCCCGCAGGCCUCGCUGGCCGUGCUCUCCAAGGUGGAGCUGCGGGUGAGCUGCAAGCACCUCCUGGACCGCGACACGCUCAACAAGUCUGACCCCUGCGUCCUGCUGCUGAUGCAGUCCCAGGGACAGUGGACGGAGGUGGACCGCAGCGAGGUCAUCAAAAGCAACCUCAACCCCGUGUUCGCCAAGAUCUUCACGGUGGAUUACUACUUCGAGGAGGUGCAGAAGCUGCGGUUUGAGGUGUACGACAGCCACGGGCACGCCGGCGUGGGCACGCACGACGAUGACUUCCUGGGGGGCAUGGAGUGCACCGUGGGGCAGAUCGUGGCGCAGAAGAGGGUGACAAAGCCGCUGUUCCUCAAGUACGGCAAGUUCGCCGGCAAGUCCACCAUCACGGUGAUCUCGGAGGAGAUCUCGGGGAACAACGGGUACGUGGAGCUCGCCUUCAGGGCCAAGAAGCUGGAUGACAAGGACCUCUUCAGCAAGUCGGAUCCCUUCCUGGAGAUCUACCGCAUCGACGACGACCGCAGCGAGCAGCUCGUGUAUCGCACGGAGGUGGUGAAGAACAACCUGAGCCCCGUAUGGGAGCCCUUCAAGGUCUCUCUUAACUCGCUCUGCAGCUGCGAGGAGAAGAGGAAGCUGAGGUGCGUGGUGUGGGACUACGACUCGCGCGGCAAACAUGACUUCAUUGGCGAGUUCUUCACCACCUUCGAGGAGAUGCAGAAAGCGAUGGGGGAGAACAAGGUGCAGUGGGACUGCAUGAACCCCAAGUACAAGAUCAAGAAGCGCAACUACAAGAACUCGGGAGUCGUGGUGCUGCUGGACCUGAAGAUCCACAGGGUCUACUCCUUCCUGGACUACAUCAUGGGCGGCUGCCAGAUCCACUUCACGGUGGCCAUCGACUUCACCGCCUCCAAUGGGGACCCCCGCAACAGCUGCUCCCUGCACUACAUCAACCCCUACCAGCCCAACGAGUACCUCAAGGCGCUGGUCGCGGUGGGAGAGAUCUGCCAGGACUACGACAGCGAUAAGAAAUUCUCAGCUCUGGGCUUUGGUGCAAGGAUCCCCCCCAAGUAUGAGGUCUCCCAUGAUUUUGCCAUCAACUUCAACCCUGAUAACGAUGAAUGUGAGGGCAUCCAGGGCGUUGUGGAGUCCUACCAGAGCUGCCUGCCCAAAAUCCAGCUCUAUGGCCCCACCAACGUGGCCCCCAUUAUCUCCAAGGUGGCUCGUGUGGCGGCCAACGAGGAGCGGACCAAGGAGGCUUCGCAAUACUUCAUCCUGCUGAUCCUGACGGACGGAGUGGUGACGGACAUGGCGGACACGCGGGAGGCCAUCGUCCGCGCCUCCUACCUGCCCAUGUCCAUCAUCAUCGUCGGGGUGGGCAACGCCGACUUCACUGACAUGCAGAUCCUGGAUGGGGAUGACGGCAUCCUGCGCUCCCCCAGGGGCGAGCCCGUCCUGCGGGACAUCGUCCAGUUCGUCCCCUUCCGGGAGUUCAAGAACGCAUCUCCAACAGCCUUGGCCAAGUGCGUGCUGGCGGAGGUGCCCAAGCAGGUUGUGGAAUACUACAGCUACAAGGCCUUCCCCCCGCGUUGCCCCCGCUCAGAGACCCCUGACUCCAACCUCAGCUCCCCCCAGUGAGCCCCCCCAUUGUGGUGUGGGGACUGACAGGGUCCCUGCCAUACCCCAGCCCUGCUUUAGCCCCCUCCUCACCGAGCCAGGGGGCACUGGGAGCCAGCAGCCUGUCCCCACUGGCUAUGGGGAUAUGGGGACAGCCCCGGUGCCCUGGUGCAGGACUCCCUGGCCGGCAUUGCCCACUCCCGGUGCUCAGCACCUCCCUGCCUGUUUCUGCUUGGUCCCUGUUGUCCCUUGUGGUCCUCUCAGUCCCUGCUCGUCUGUUGCUGUGACAUCGUUUGGAGGCUGCAUGACAAC